CAAUGGUUUCCGUUCUCACCUUAGCCGUAGCUGUGCUCGCUGCCGUCUGCAGCUGCACUGCUAGCGAUCUCGGUAGACCUGUGUCUAUUGGCGAGCACCCCAGCCUGGUCCAAAUUGAAGUAUUCCUACCCAUCUUGAAUCAAUGGUUCCAACAGUGCGCUGGUAUUGUUCUCACCAACUACCACUACCUUUCAACUGCUACCUGUUUCCAUGGAGAAUUCUACGAUCCUGCAUACCGUCGCAUUAUCGCUGGAUCUUCCCGUCGCAGUGAGCCCGGUGAAAUAUCUUAUGUUCACUUUGCUGUUAACCAUCCAGAAUUCUCUGAGGAGAAUUACGACAAGGAUGUGAGCAUCGUACGAGUAACACAUGCCAUCCACUUUGGCCCAAACAUCCAGCAGGGUGCUAUUAUCCAACAAGGUGUCGUAAUACCCCAGGGUAUUUUUGUUGAUCUGCUCGGAUGGGGAACUACCGUUCAAGGCGGCCGUGUAUCUGACGGCAACCUCCACAAGCUCGAACUCAUUGUGACCAACAAAGAAAACUGCAGGGAACAGUACCAGGGUCAUGAUCGCGUCGUGACUGAUCACAAAUUCUGCGCGGGUUUGGUCCGGGCUGGUGGCCGCGACUACGACAAUACUGACUUGGGUGCCCCUGCCUUCUUCCAAAAUGCGCUGGUAGGCAUUGUGUCUUUUGGAAAGAGCAAUGCCAAUGACAUCUACCCCGUAGUACUCACCAGCAUCAGUUCUUUCACUGAAUGGAUCCUACAAAACGUUCACUAAUAUUUUCUUUUAAAAUAAAAUAAUAAUUUUAAA